ACGAAACCUUCAGCCUUCGUCGCUCAGUUCAAGUUCAGCUCCUUAACUGGCGGUUGUUUUCGUAUCUUUUGGUCGGUCCGGGUAAUCGUAGUAUACACGAUUUUUUGAAAUUUUCGAUUCGCCGUCGAGAUUUUAUUUUAUUUCAAUUCUCGCGCCGAAUGGUUCAAUUUUAUUCAUCUUGAAAUUUUUUUUCUCAAAUUCGUCGAAAUCCUGCUUAACUAAUUUCAUUACCGUAACGUAACACAUUUCGACGUCUCCGUAUUCGAUUUUUUCAUCUCGCAUUAUGCGUUAGAAGACGAGUUAUUUAAUCAGUUUUAUUAUUGUUUUUAACCCUUUUAGCGCAAGUUUAAAGGCUAGAAAUUAAAUUUUACAAAAUGACAUAAAUGUUUUUCUAAUUCGAUUUUUUUGGUGCUACGAUAUCGUGGCUUGUGGAGUGAUUUUUUCUGUACGUUUCGUCUGGGCUUAUCCAGCUCAUUUUGUUGGUCAGUUUUUUGAUACUACAAGUUUACCCAAAUGAUGGAAAAUUGGAUGGUCGAUGUGGUUUCCAUGAUGAACUCCACUCCUGUGGAGGCUGAUGAGAUGGUGGCGAUGCCGUUGAUUAAGAAAGAAGAAACAGACAGUAAAUCGUGUUUUCAGCCGUGUUCUCCAUCCAGUGUUGCCACAACGACGUUAUAUUCGCCGACCACCACCGUCUUACCCACCGAUUUGAAAUUUGGAGACGAGCAAUAUCUAGAAAUUAGCGAGAACAGGCCAAUGUCACCGGCGAGCCCAGAUCAUCAAUAUUGCUCAAGUACUACGCAAUCCAUCGGAGAUUCGAUUUUCCCUCAUGUUGAGGAAGGUAUGAAACAAGAUGACUUACCAAGAAGAUUAUGUUUAGUAUGUGGCGAUAUUGCAUCCGGUUUUCAUUAUGGAGUUGCCUCUUGCGAGGCAUGUAAAGCAUUUUUCAAGAGAACCAUACAAGGCAACAUUGAAUACACCUGUCCGGCGGCCAACGAUUGCGAAAUAAACAAAAGACGCCGAAAGGCUUGUCAAGCUUGUAGGUUCCAAAAAUGCCUUCAUAUGGGAAUGUUGAAAGAAGGCGUUCGAUUGGACCGGGUUCGCGGUGGAAGGCAAAAGUAUCGACGAAAUCCAGACAUGUCGCAAUCUAUGCAGAGUUGGCCUUCUGUUAUAAAAUCUACUCCUUCGUUAGAAGAUAAUAAAAUUCUAAGUGCCUUGACUACGUAUGAACCAGAAAUUUUGUUAGCUGCGCAUGAAAGUAACGUGGUUAACGACCCAUCUCUGAAGAUCAUCAAUAUAUUGAGCGAUCUUUACGAUAGAGAGUUGGUCAGUACCAUUGGCUGGGCUAAGCAAAUACCAGGUUUUACGGAAUUGUCACUUAAUGAUCAGAUGAGACUGUUGCAGUCUACGUGGGCUGAAAUUUUAACUCUUACGAUGACUUUUCGUUCACUCAACUAUGGCCAUGGUAAAUUGAGAUUUGCCUCAGAUUUCGUCCUAGAGGAAAGGCAAGCUAAAGAGUGCGGAGCAUUAGAAAUUUACCAUCUGUGUAUCCAUAUAAUCGAUAAAUUAAAUAAACUAUCCAUCGCAAAGGAAGAAUAUUUCUUAUUGAAAGCGUUGGUAUUGGCAAACUCGGAUGUACGAUUGGAAGAUGCUUCAGCAUUGAAGAAAUUCCGAGACAGUAUACUGGCAGCAUUGUGCGAUUGUGUUUACGUUAUUAGACCGAACACGUGCAUAAAUCACAUACAAAAUUUACUACUUUGUUUACCAUCGUUACGUCAAGCUGACCAGUACAUCAGACGAUUCUGGUGCGGAGUACAUAGAGAUGGUAAAGUGGUCAUGAACAAGUUAUUCAUCGAAAUGCUUGAAUCUUGUUCACCGCGGUAAUUGUUAACUAGUUAAUAUUUUUAAAAAAAUAUGAAACAAAAAACCGUUUCUUGAAACUGAGUACGGCGUAUUGAGAAGAAAUAAAAAGCCUUUAGUCGUAUAGUUAUAUUAAUGUUUAGACGACUGUAAUUUGAUUAGCUUUGUUUUUUUUUCGGUAUCUUAUAAGAUGAAAAAUCAAGAGCUUAUUUGAGUGCUAAUUAUGUACCUUGUUAAAUAAUUGUAAUAAUUGUUUUAAUUACGCAAUCCUCUUCAAGUAAACGAGCAAUUUACCAUUAAAAAAAUAAGCGCACGAGUUAACUUUCAUUAGAGAUGUAAACGUUUGUAGAUGUGAGAAAAAUGAUCGCCAACCCUUCGUGUUUUUAUUUUACAAAAAAUGAUUGAGCCUGGAGCGAGGGUGAUUACAGACUGCGUAGGAAUGACCAACGAUCUCAUGUUAUUUUAUAGGUUCGGCUAUGUAAUUUUUUUCUAUUCAUCUUCGAGAAUCGAGUCGAGAUGAUUGUUGAUGAAAAACUUGGAUUUUCUUGCUCGUUUAUUACUUACCAGAAUGUAUUUUAUUUUAAAUUUUAGUUCUAUUAUCGUAAUAAUGAAUAAGCAUUAUUAAUGUUUCAUGUACGUAACGAGAUGGUUAAGUGAAUAUUUUAUAAUAAUUCGAGAUGGUGAAAAUUUUAAUACGAUCGGUAGAAUGGGUAAAUCUGGUUUCUGAUUCGAUUAUGUACUUGUAUUGUUAUUUCAACGUUAUUUAAUACUUAAUUUCGAGAGAAAAAAAUCCUGAUUAGAAAAUUAUUUCUAUUUUUAGUUUUGAAAAACUAGUAAUAUUUCGACGACUGUUUUUUUUUCAAUUUUUCAAAUUGUAUUUUAAAAUCGAACGAUUCUUUACGAAAUAUUAAUUUUAAUUAAUAAUUAUUGAAUUUAAUUCUCGACUUGGAAAUGCGUUUUUCGACUCUAGUUCUGAAAAUAAUUAAAUUUUUUUCACGAAAAGUAAGGUAUUUUGGUGUAGGUUUUUUCAAUUCGAAAUUCUUCAAAAAUUAAAAUAACAGUGAGAAUAAUUUAAGAAGAAAAAAAAGACAAUUAAUUGGAUGGAAUCAGAUUUACCUUCCUCCUACCACGAUCUCUGUUCGAAAUAAUUCUGUGUAGUGGGUGUUAUUUAUUUAUUUUUUUUUUGAUAAAAAGGUUUUAAUUUCAUUCAUUUUGAGUUAUUUUGUACGCCUAUGAUUAGAAAAUUCUUUUUUUUUUGGAUUAUUUGUUAAUGUCAAGUGAUAAUGGCGCUUUUAGAUGCUUAAAAACUUUCAAACAUUGUAAGAUGAAACAGUGUAGAAUAAUAUUUUUUUGUUCACCUCAAUGAGGGCUUGUUUUUGUUCGGCUACUGGUCUAGCCAAAUUCGGUAAGAGGUACGAUCGUCAGUAACUCUCUAAAUAGAUUGUGUUUAUGUAAUUUUUUCUCUUUUUUUUCACGAGAUAAUAAUUUAUCACGGUGAAUGUAUUAAUAUUUAUAGUUCUUAAUCAUGUUAAUUUAUAAUAGAUCUUGUAAGAUGAUCGUACGUUAUUCGAAAAUAUUUAAAUCAAUAUUAUAACACGUAGCUCUCAAAGGAACACACAAAUCGCUAUAAUUGUUGUUUACUUGUUAAACUGUGAUUUUGCUAAAAUCUUUAAAGAAAAUAUUGUGAUAUACGAUUUUGUUAUUUCGAGCAAAUCACCUUUGAAAUAUUAUAGCGGUUAAGAAAAGAUGCGAAAUAAAACAAUGGAAAUUCA